AUGAAGCGGCAGAACGUGCGGACUCUGUCCCUGAUCAUCUGCACGUUCACCUAUCUGCUGGUCGGGGCCGCGGUGUUCGAUGCCUUGGAGUCGGAUUACGAAAUGAGGGAGAAAGAGCAUCUGGAAGCUGAAGAGAAGCGUCUCCAAGGAAAGUACAACAUUAGUGAAGACGACUAUCGAAGACUGGAGACUAUUAUUAUGGAGGCCGAGCCCCACAGAGCCGGGGUUCAGUGGAAAUUUGCCGGCUCCUUUUACUUUGCAAUCACUGUCAUAACCACCAUAGGUUACGGCCAUGCGGCUCCGGGCACGGACGCGGGCAAGGCCUUCUGCAUGUUCUACGCGGUGCUGGGCAUCCCGCUGACGCUGGUCAUGUUCCAGAGCCUGGGCGAGCGCAUGAACACCUUCGUCAAGUACCUGCUCAAGCGCAUCAAGAAGUGCUGCGGCAUGCGCAUCACCGAGGUCUCCAUGGAGAACAUGGUGACGGUGGGCUUCUUCUCGUGCGUCGGCACGCUGUGCAUCGGCGCCGCCGCCUUCUCGCACUACGAGGAGUGGAGCUUCUUCCAGUCGUACUACUACUGCUUCAUCACGCUCACCACCAUCGGCUUCGGUGACUUUGUGGCGCUGCAGAAGAACCGCGCGCUGCAGCGCAAGCCGCUCUACGUGGCGUUCAGCUUCAUGUACAUCCUGGUGGGCCUGACGGUCAUUGGCGCCUUCCUCAACCUGGUGGUGCUGCGCUUUCUCACCAUGAACAGCGAGGACGAGCGCCGCGACGCCGAGGAGCGCGCGUCGCUGGCCGGCAACCGCAGCAGCAUGGUGGUGCACGUGCAGGAGGAGGCCAUGCAGCAGCAGCAGAGGGCAGGGGGGAGGAGGAGGCGCGAGCAGCUCCACCCGCCUCAGGGCGGGAGCUCGCACCUGAACCCGCACCACCUCUCCCAGCACCACAAGCAGCAUCACCACCACCACCACCUCCACCACCAGUACUUUCACGCCGUGUCGUACCACAUCGAGGAGAUCUCGCCGAGCAGACUGAAGAGCAGCUUCUUCCCCUCGCCCGUGAGCUCCGUGUCACCCGGCCUGCACAGCAUCACCGACAACCACCAACUCAUGAGGAGACGCAAGUCCAUCUGA